AACGUAUCAAAUCACUGAACCAUAAUAAACACGACCAUCACCACAACAGUAUAACGCACAUUCGCGCAUAUACGCUUGCAUUUACUGCCAGCGCCUGCCACCUUCCUAUGCGCAUCCGACUUCUUAUUCCGAGGAGACUACCUAUCCAUCCUCAACAGCAGCCAUGGCAGACGAGGACACCGACAAAAACAGUGCCAAUAUCGGCAGCAGCACUACAACUGCAGCUCCACUUCUGUUGAUCAUCCGAUUCACCACAUCUGCGCCGGAUCUCCCUCUCCCUAUUAUCUCCCCACACACCGCGACCGGACUAUCCGUCAAGCAACUCAUUCGCGCCCAUCUACCCGCUGACACUCGCGCGCGGCGGCUACGAUUGAUCCACGCGGGGCGAGUAUUACCAGAUGCUUUACCAUUAACGAAGACACUCAAAUUAACUCUUCCUCCACCAUCCAUCUCAUCUUUGGCAUCAUCGCCUUCACCUUCACCAUCGCCUACGCCGUCGCAGGUACAUCAAGACUCUCCUUCGCGCUCGGUCUCCACAAGUCGUUUGCAGAAUGUACUCUUUGGGAAAUCGCCAACCACUUCGACACCCACAGCAACCGCAGGAGAAAGUACCAGAGGCAAAGAAGUCGCGCAAGAGGAUGGAGCAACGGAAGAAGAGGAAGAACACAAGCCAUUACUCCAACCGACAACCCCGCAACAUUCGCAGACUCAAACUCCCAUCCUCACACCAGCAACUCCCGCAAAAAAUCAACAUAAUCAGCCUAUAAGAUUCUAUAUUCAUUGCUCCGUGGGCGAAGAGUCGCUCUCGCCAGGCGAGCUUGCAGACGAAGCCGCCGCGGCGGAAGCUAGUGUCAAACGAAUUACGGACGAGUCUACGCUUGGCGGUGGUGACGCAGAAGCACAUGGAGAUGUAAAAGGCAAAGGCGUCGCAGGGACAGGGGCAAGAGGCUACGUCGCCGGGAGAACAGGGAUAGCAGCAGCAGGGGCUGAAGCCGAGACAGAGGCAGAAACAGAUGCGGUCGCUCCGGCCAGCACGACGGCCGCGCCGCGGGGAUUUGACAGAUUACUUGGUGUGGGGUUCUCACCGGCAGAAGUUGCGGCGUUGAGGUCGCAGUUUGUUGCGCUGCAGUCUCAUUCGCAUACCCCUGAUACGAUGCCUUCGGCGGCGGAGAUGCGGAUGCUCGAGGAUCGUUGGAUGGACGAAUCGGUUGCGGCGGGCAGCGGUGGAGGAAAUGCUGCUGAUACGGACGAUGUGCAGCGUGGUGCGCUCGAGGAUAUGCUGUUGGGGAAUAUCAUGGGGUUCUUUUGGCCGAUUGGAGCGGUCGUUUGGCUGCUUCGUGAGGAGGGUGUUUGGAGCCGACGUCGCCAGAUUGCCGUGUUUACGGGCAUGUUGGCCAAUAUUACAUUUAGUAUAUUAAGGGUGACUUCGUAAAAGCCCAAAAAAUGGCGGGGGAGAGAGCAGGUGGUUGGUCUGCAAUUUCCGGGCAUAAAUGAGGACUGCCUACUGUGGCUCCUGGAGGACUAUAUCUGUUAGGGUUGUGUAUCUGGCGUUUGUUUCACAGGCUUUUUUGAGAAGCAUAGCGUUGGCGUUUUUAGAGCAAGUCAUUAUAUCUUUGCAUAAUAUACCAGACAUGCUAGCCAGUCAAAUGAUUCUGGCUUGAACUAAAAUAAAUUACUCAGGGAAUAUUGAGAAAGUAAAAAGAACGGCAUUAUGAUGUACUGUGUGGAAUAGGUGUUCACUCCCA